CAGCCACUCUGGCCAGUGACUGCAGAGGUGAACAAGGGGACAUAAUAUGGAGCUUUAGCUGUUUUCACAACACCACUGUUCUAUUCUCACCACUCUGUUGUGUUCUCUUGUCCCUCCAGGGUGCAUGCUGUGUUUUGGUCAGUCAGCCUUUUUCCGCUUCAACCACCCAGAAGAGGCCCUCAAGAUGAAGAGCAUGCUACCUGGAGGAAGCCAGGGGCCCAGCGCCUACAAGGCCCACCACACAGGUAACCAUCACAUCUCAACACUAUAGGAACCACACAAGUAAUGAUAGAGCAGGGGUACUAUUUGAGAAGGUCCGGUCAAACACAUUUCCUAGGUGGCAAAGAUCCGGAUGGAUGUUGUCAUUUAUCGGCAUAGUAACAAACCCCCGCCUGGCAAUCCAUGCAACCCCAAACUGUUCAAACUGCUCACACCCCUCUUGUUGGCCAUUUUAAAGCUCAGUUCCUGCAAUUCUACACAUUUUGCCAUGGAGCGGGGAGAACAUUGUGCAGUUUUCUAAGCUAAUUUGCUGCAAUUCUACACAUUUUACAAUGGCUUAUGUGUGUUCAUAUGGUACCUGAGUGACUCAACUAAAUCAAUGGGGGCCCCCCUGGGUGUCGAGGCCCUCAGCACGUAAUCUGGCCAUGAUAACUACAAGAUUUAGAUAGCUUGUUAGCCUAACCUACCUAUCUAGCUAACGUGAGCUAGUAGUUGAUCAACAGGACAUUUCUGACAGGUUAUAAAUAGCUCUCUAAGGUCUGUCAGUGAAUGACAUAACAAGAGGAAAACGACCAAAUUUCAAAAUGACACCUUGUGCAUUCUAUUAUUAUAACUCUCAACAGCAGUAAGUUGAAAACCCGACUGAGUCCCCCCCCAAAUUCUAUAAAUCAAUAAAUGUUCUGGGUUCGGAUUGGGGCCGCGGUCCGCCAAUUGAGGAUGGCUGUGAUAGAACAUGCUGCAAGGUAAUGACAUCACACAGGUAAAGACCAGCGUCUAACCAUCACAUCAUAUCAGAUGACACCACAUCAUAGCUCUACACAAAGACCAGCAUCAAGCCAUCAUAAUAGACCCAAUAGGAACCCCGCAAUUUAUGUCAGAUUUAGUGUUUCAAACUCAUUGUAAUCGAUGACAGAGAGUAGUAGACAUUACAGUUCCACCCUGUCUGGUGACAUUCAGUUGAUACUACAGAAAUAUGCACUAGCUGAACAAACCAAUACAUCAAGCUACUGUACCUUCAAACACUGACCCAAUAUGAAUUGACUGUCAUUAAUGAGGUGGUCGUUGACAGGGUUUCUAGAUAACCGAAGGGACUGACAAAAGAAGGAAGAUAGAUAGCUCUCCCUCUUGUAUGGCACCAUUUUGAGCCUAUUGUGAAAGACUGCCUCUUAAGGUUAUGACCCUGUCUCUCUGUCAGUUCUCUUGGCUCGACGUAUGACAAACCAUGUUGUUGCAAUAUGUGGUGGGUGGUGGGUGUGUCCUUCAAUGUGUAGGGGUCAAAGAUUGGUAUUUUAUGGACAACAAGACAAUCUCCUAAUACAAGAAAUGACUGGAGAGUAUUAGCCUUUAAACAGCCUUUAGACCACAGCGUCAGGCACGUUAGAUAGGAGUCGACCUGUGCUGAGCACAUGCCACUUUGCCCUUUUGGGUAGUGGUACAUAUAUAUACAGUACCAGUCAAAAGUUUGGACACACCUACUCAUUCAAGGGUUUUUCUUUGUACAUUCUACAUUGUAGAAUAAUAGUGAAGACAUCAGAACUAUGAAAUAACACAUAUGGAAUCAUGUAGUAACCAAAAACGUGAUAAACACAUCAAAAUAUAUUUUAUAUUUGAGAUUCUUCAAAUAGCCACCCUUUGCUUUGAUGACAGCUUUGCACACACUUGGCAUUCUCUCAACCAGCUUCAUGAGGUAGUCACCUGGAAUGCAUUUCAAUUAACAGGUGUGCCUUCUUAAAAGUUAAUUUGUGGAAUUUAUUUAUUUCUUAAUGCGUUUGAGCCAAUCAGUUGUGUUGUGACAAGGUAGGGUUGGUAUACAGAAGAUAGCCUAUUUGGUAAAAGACCAAGUCCAUACUAUGGCAAAAAAAAAAGCUAAAAUAAGCAAAGAGAAACAACAGUCCAUCAUUACUUUAAGACAUGAAGGUCAGUCAAUUUCAAGAACUUUGAAAGUUUCUUCAAGUGCAGUUGCAAAAACCCUCAAGCCCUAUGAUGAAACUGGCUCUCAUGAGGACCGCCACAGGAAAGGAAGAGCCAGAGUUACCUCUGCUGCAGAGGAAAAGUUCAUUAGAGUUACAGUUGAAGUCGGAAGUUUACAUACACUUAGGUUGGAGUCAUUAAAACUUGUUUUUCAACCACUGUGGAUGUAUUUCAAGGCCUACCUUCAAACUCAGUGCCUCUUUGCUUGACAUUUUAUUUUUUAUUUUAUUUCACCUUUAUUUAACCAGGUAAGCCAGUUGAGAACAGGUUCUCAUUUACAACUGCGACCUGGCCAAGAUAAAGCAUAGUAGUGCAAUAAAACAACAACACAGAGUUACAUAUGGGGUAAAAAACAUAAAGUCAGAAAUACAACAGAAAAUAUAUAUACAGUGUGUGCAAAUGUAGCAAGUUAUGGAGGUAAGGCAAUAAAUAGGCUAUAGUGCAGAAUAAUUACAAUAGUAUUAACACAGGAAUGCUAGAUGUGCAAGAGAUUAUGUGCAAAUAGAGAUACUGGGGUGCAAAUGAGCAAAAUAAAUAACAAUAUAGGGAUGAGGUAGUUGGGUGGGCUAAUUUCAGAUGGGCUGUGUACAGGUGCAGUGAUCGGUAAGGUGCUCUGACAACUGAUGCUUAAAGUUAUUGAGGGAGAUAAGAGUCUCCAGCUUCAGAGAUUUUUGCAAUUCGUUCCAGUCAUUGGCAGCAGAGAACUGGAAGGAAUGGCGGCCAAAGGAGGUGUUGGCUUUGGCAAUGACCAGUGAGAUAUACCUGCUGGAGCGCAGACUACGGGUGGGUGCUGCUAUGGUGACCAAUGAGCUAAGAUAAGGCGGGGAUUUGCCUAGCAGUGAUUUAUAGAUGGCCUGGAGCCAGUGGGUUUGACGACGAACAUGUAGUGAGGACCAGCCAACAAGAGCGGACAGGUCACAGUGGUGGGUAGUGUAUGGGGCUUUGGAGACAAAACGGAUGGCACUGUGAUAGACUACAUCCAAUUUGCUGAGUAGAGUGUUGGAGGCUAUUUUGUAAAUGACAUCGCCGAAGUCAAGGAUCGGUAGGAUAGUCAGUUUUACGAGGGCAUGUUUGGCAGCAUGAGUGAAGGAGGCUUUGUUGCGAAAUAGGAAGCCGAUUCUAGAUUUAACUUUGGAUUGGAGAUUAUUUAUGUGAGUCUGGAAGUUGAGUUUACAGUCUAACCAGACACCUAGGUAUUUGUAGUUGUCCACAUACUCUAGGUCAGACCCGUCAAGAGUGGUGAUUCUAGUCGGGUGGGCGGGUGCCAGCAGCGUUCGAUUGAAAAGCAUGCAUUUAGUUUUACUAGUGUUUAAGAGCAGUUGGAGGCUACUGAAGGAUUGUUGUAUGGCAUUGAAGCUCGUUUGGAGGUUUGUUAACACAGUGUCCAAUGAAGGGCCAGAUGUAUACAAAAUGGUGUCGUCUGCGUAGAGGUGGAUCUGAGAGUCACCAGCAGCAAGAGCGACAUCAUUGAUAUACACCGAGAAAAGUGUAGGCCCAAGAAUUGAACCCUGUGGCACCCCCAUAGAGACUGCCAUAGGUCCAGACAACAGGCCCUCCGAUUUGACACACUGAACUCUAUCUGAGAAGUAGUUGGUGAACCAGGCGAGGCAGUCAUUUGAGAAACCAAGGCUAUUUAGUCUGCCAAUAAGAAUGCGGUGGUUGACAGAGUCGAAAGCCUUGGCCAGGUCGAUGAAGACGGCUGCACAGUACUGUCUAUUAUCAAUCACGGUUAUAAUAUCGUUUAGGACCUUGAGCGUGGCUGAAGUGCACCCGUGACCAGCUCGGAAACCGGAUUGCAUAGCGGAGAAGGUACGGUGGUAUUCGAAAUGGUCAAUUAUCUGUUUGUUAACUUGGCUUUCGAAUACUUUCGAAAGGCAGGGCAGGAUGGAUAUAGGUCUGUAGCAAUUUGGAUCUAGAGUGUCACCCCCUUUGAAGAGGGGGAUGACCGCGGCAGCUUUCCAAUCUCUGGGGAUCUCAGACGUUAUGAAAGAGAGGUUGAACAGACUAGUAAUAGGGGUAGCGACAAUUUCGGCGGCUAGUUUUAGAAAGAAAGGGUCCGGGGGGCAUGGGCAAGUUGCAGCAGAGGGUGCAGAGUUGGUGGCCGGGUUAGUGGUAGCCAGAUGGAAAGCAUGGCCAGCUGUAGCAAAAUGCUUGUUGAAAUUCUCGAUUAUUGUAGAUUUAUCGGUGGUGAUAGUGUUUCCUAGCCUCAGUGCAGUGGGCAGCUGGGAGGAAGUGCUCUUAUUCUCCAUGGACUUUACAGUGUCCCAAAACUUUUUGGAGUUAGUGCUACAGGAUGCAAAUUUCUGUUUGAAAAAGUUAGCCUUUGCUUUCCUGACUGCUUGUGUAUAUUGGUUCCUAACUUCCCUGAAAAGUUGCAUAUCGCGGGGGCUAUUUGAUGCUAAUGCUGUACGCCACAGGAUGUUUUUGUGCUGGUCAAGGGCAGUCAAGUCUGAGGAGAACCAGGGGCUAUAUCGGUUCUUAGUUCUGUAUUUUUUGAAUGGGGCAUGUUUAUUUAAGAUUGAGAGGAAAUUACUUUUAAGGAACAACCAGGCAUCCUCUACUGACGAAAUGAGAUCUAUAUCCAUCCAGGAUACCUGGGCCAGGUCAAUUAGGAAGGCCUCCUCGCUAAAGUGUUUUAGGGAGCGUUUGACAGUGAUGAGGGGUGGUCGUUUGACCGCGGACCCGUUACGGACGCAGGCAAUAAGGCAGUGAUCGCUGAGAUCCUGGUUGAAGACAGCUGAGGUGUAUUUAGAGGGUAUGUUAGUCAGGAUGAUAUCUAUGAGGGUACCCAUGUUUACGGAUUUAGGGUUGUACCUGGUAGGUUCGUUGAUAAUUUGCGUGAGGUUGAGGGCAUCUAGCUUGGAUUGUAGGAUGGCUGGGGUAUUAAGCAUAUCCCAAUUUAGGUCACCAAGCAUUACAAACUCUGAGGAUAAAUGGGGGGCAAUCAAUUCACAUAUGGUGUCCAGGGCACAGCUGGGGGCUGAGGGGGGUCUGUAGCAAGCGGCAACAGUGAGAGACUUAUUUCUGGAAAGGUGGAUUUUUAGAAGUAGAAGCUCAAACUGUUUGGGCACAGACCUGGAUAGUAUGAUAGAGCUCUGCAGGCUAUCUCUACAGUAGAUUGCAACUCCACCCCCUUUGGCAGUUCUAUCUAGACGGAAAAUGUUAUAGUUGGGGAUGGAAAUUUCAGAAUUUUUGGUGGCCUUCCUGAGCCAGGAUUCAGACACUGCUAGAACAUCAGGGUUGGCAGAGUGUGCUAACGCAGUGAAUAACUCAAACUUAGGAAGUAGACUUCUGAUAUUUAUGUGCAAGAAACCAAGACUUUUGCGAUUACAGAAGUCAUCAAAUGAUAGCGCCUGGGGAGUAGGAGUGAUACUGAGGACUGCAGGGCCUGGGUUAGCCUCUACAUCACCAGAGGAACAGAUGAGGACUAGAAUAAGGAUACGGCUAAAGGCUUUAAGAACUGGUCUUCUAGUGCGUUGGGUACAUAGAAUAAAGGGGGCAGAUUUCCGGGUGUUAUAGAAAAGAUUCAGGGCAUUAUGUACAGACAAGGAUAUGGAAGGAUAUGAGUAAAGUGGAGGUAACCCUAAGCGUUGGGUAACAAUGAAAGAGAUAGCAUCGCUAGAGUCAUCAAUUGAGUCGGUCUCCGCGUGUAUAGGGGGAGGUGCAAAGGAGCUAUCUAAUGCAGGUUUAGCUAGGCUGGGGGGUCUACAGUGAUAUAGUACAAUUAGAAAUAACCGAAACAACAAUAAACUAACCAUGUUUGGGCUGAGGCUAAACAUAAACAGGAUGUAGUACCGUAAAAAGGAACAGUCCAGCAGAUAUCAGCUGUAUAGCUGAGUUAUCAUGGGAAAAUGAAAAUAAAUCAGCCAAGACCUCAGAAAAAAUUGUAGACCUCCACAAGUCUGGUUCAUCCUUGGGAGCAAUUUCCAAACGCCUGAAGGUACCACGUUCAUCUGUACAAACAAUAGUACGCAAGUAUAAACACCAUAGGACCAUACCGCUCAGGAAGGAGACGCAUUAUGUCUCCUAGAGAUUAACGUACUUUGGUGCGAAAAGUGCAAAUCAAUCCCAGAACAACAGCAAAGGACCUUGUGAAGAUGCUGGAGGAAACAGGUACAAAAGUAUCUAUAUCCACAGUAAAAUGAGUCCUAUAUUGACAUAACCUGAAAGGUCGCUCAGCAAGGAAGAAGCCACUGCUCCAUAAAAAAGCCAGACUACGGUUUGCAACUGCACAUGGGGACAAAGAUUGUACUUUUUGUAGAAAUGUCCUCUGGUCUGAUGAAACAAAAAUAGAACUGUUUGGCCAUAAUGACCAUCAUUAUGUUUGAAGGAAAAAGGGGGAUGCUUGCAAGCCGAAGAACACCAUCCCAACUGUGAAGCACCGGGGUGGCAGCAUCAUGCUGUGGGGGUGUUUUGCUGCAGGAGGGACUGGUGCACUUCACAAAAUUGAUGGCAUUAUGAGGAAGGAAAAUUAGGUGGAUAUAUUGAAGCAACAUCUCAAGACAUCAGUCAGGAAGUUAAAGCUUGGUCGCAAAUGGGUCUUCCAAAUGAACAAUGACCCCAAGCAUACUUCCAAAGUUGUGGCAAAAUGGCUUAAGGACAACAAAGUCAAGGUAUUGGAGUGGCCAUCACAAAGCCCUGACCUCAAUCCUAUAGAAAAUGUGUGGGCAGAACUGCAAAAACUUAUGCGAGCAAGGAGGCCUACAAACCUGACUCAGUUACACCAGCUCUGUCAGGAGGAAUGGGCCAACAUUCACCCAACUUAUUGUGGGAAGCUUGUGGAAGGCACCCGAAACGUUUGUCCCAAGUUAAACAAUUUAAAGGGAAUGCUACCAAAUACUAAUUGAGUGUAUGUAAACUUCUGACCCACUGGGAAUGUGAUGAAAGAAAUAAAAGCUGAAAGAAAUAAUUAUCUUUACUAUUAUUCUGACAUUUCACAUUCUUAAAAUAAAGUGGUGAUCCUAACUGACCUAAGACAGAUAAUUUUUACUAGGAUUAAAUGUCAGGAAUUGUGAAAAACUGAGUUUAAAUGUAUUUGGCAAAGGUGUAUGUAAACAUCCGACUUGAACUGUAUGUACAUGUGGGUAGAGGUAAAGUGACUAUGCAUAGAUAAUAAACAGAGAGUAGCAGCAGCAUAAAAAGAGGGGGUGUUGGGACAAUGCAAAUAGUCCGUGUAGCCAUUUGAUUAGCUAUUCAGGAGUCUUAUGGCUUGGGGGUAGAAGCUGUUAAGAAGCCUUUGCACCUAGACUUGGCGCUCAGGUUCUGCUUGCCGUGCAGUGGCAGAAAGAACAGUCUAUGACUAGGGUGGCUGGAGUCUUUGGCAAUUUUUAGGGCCUUCCUCUGACACCGCCUGGUAUAGAGGUCCUGGAUGGCAGGAAGUUUGGCCCCAGUGAUGUACUGGGCUGUACGCAUUAACCUCUGCAGUGCCUUGCGGUCGGAGGCCGAGCAGUUGCCAUACCAGGCGGUGAUGCAACCAGUCAGGAUGCUCUCGAUGGUGCAGCUGUAGAACCUUUUGAGUAUCUGAGGACCCAUGUUAAAUAGCCUUAUAGCCAACAACUAGCUGGCGCUUGUGCUGUCAAAUAGUCCCACAUGCGCAAUCAAGGGAUGUGCUACUUUGAUGAGUGAAGAAUCUUAGCAAGCCUGCAUAGUGAUCAAAACGAACGACAUCCAUAGAUAUAGAACAAAAAGAAUGAACGACUGGUUCGCGUCUCUGGCAUGUAUGAAUUCACUUGUCAAAAUGAAAAUAUCAAUGAAAACAUGUCAUUUCUAUUCUAUACCAGUAAAUGUGUGCUUUAGUAUUGUUUUCUUUGGCAACUGUGGUAUAAGCGGGAUAAAUGGCUCCGCGUUCUACAUUACCUUGGAACUAAGGAACUCUGCGGACAGAUUGUUCAUUCUCCUCUGACCUUAGUGCUGCAGCUGGUCUGAGAGCCACACCCGAUCCUGUGUGUGUGUGUGUGUCUACGAACCACGCUUUCCUGACUGGGCCCAGUGAGAUUGCAUCUGCAGCCUGUGAUUGAAGUAGAGAGUUUUUAAAUUUAGCAGCCCCAGAUCCCUAUAGGAUUACAGCACACACAGCUGAGAAACAAAACCUACAAUACACACAGGGUGUGGUCACAGUAGCCUACAUACUGUACUAUAUACAGUAACUGCAUGUUUUAGUAGGAUCUAAAAUUCUUAAGUGUGUGUGUAUGUCUGUCUGUCUGUCUGUCUCUCAGUCAUUGCUGAAGUGUGCGGCCUACUUUAGAAAUAUAUAUACCUUUAAAACACUGACUGGUUCCUUCUCCUGUCUUACCAUAGACUCCCACACGGUGCUGAAUGGGAACCACCAAGCUGCCCUCCAUGAGAGAACCCUUUCUGGCUCUGGCCCACACCCAGGCCCCAUGACCAGCACCAUAGAGAGGGACCUCCAGGACAUCAUGGACUCUCUGGUGAUGGAUGACCCCCAGUCCUCCGGGAAGAUGGCCCACCACCCCAUCCCUCAGUCCCCCCUCUCCCCCAUGCUGAACGGGGAAGGGCGUUACCUGCUCUACCCUUCCACCAGCCCUGGGGCCAUGUCCGUGGGCUCCAGCUAUGAGAACGCCUCCCCGCCCGGCCCCUUCUCCCCGCUCUCCUCUCCUCUGUCGGCUGCCAGUAGUGGUGCUUUCCUGGGGCCUGGUACUUCUCCAGUGCCUGCCCACUCCUCCAGCUACACCCUCACCACCCAGACCCCCGUCCCCCAGCCACGGACCUCCCCUCCUGGGGGCUACAGUGGACCUGCUGAUGUGCAGAGGAUCCCGGAGAGCCCCAGGCCUCUGAGGAGGGCCCUAGCGGAGGCCUCGCCAAGCCCCACUGCUUCCCGUAGAGGCGUGGGUCAGGACAGCCCAGUAGGCAGUUCAGAGACUCCCAGAGCAGUACAUGGAACAUCCCACAUCCCAGUCUCCAGCGCCAGACUAAACUCUAAAUUCUCUGGAUGUCAGGCAUCCACGGCCCCCUCCAGCCCUAGGGUGAGGGUGGGCGGCUCAGGCUCUCGUCCCCCCAGCCCCCAGCACUUCUCCCAGGCCCAGUCCCACACAGACAGCCCUCAGCAGACACGUAGGACACCAGAGCCCUCUGGACCCUCUAGCCUGAGGGAGCUACCCCCUCCCAGCCCCUCCAUGUCCCGCAGAGGGGCUUCUCCAGCACAGGGCUCCCUCCAGGAUAGGGGGCUGCGAGCCAGGAGUCCCUCUCCCACCUCCGGGGGAGGCAGGCAGCAGAAGGGCAGCCUGGGUACCGCCUUCACCCCAGCCCUGGGCUCUCUGUCUGGGGCAGGAGCUGGGCCCUCUCCUCUCACGAGCCCCCAGGGCCAGAGGAAGAGGUCUGGUAGCGCUGGGGCCACCAAGGACUCCAGGGGGCCUGUACGGCCCCGGACCCGGGAACGCAAGAACAGCAUCUCAGAGAUCAGCGACAACGAGGAUGAGCUGCUGGAGUACCACCGCUGGCAGAGAGAGGAGAGACUCCGCGAGCAGGAGAUGGAGAAACUGGUGAGUAUUCAGGUGUGUGUGCAUGUGUGUGUGUGUGUGUGUGUGUAGAGGUGGUGUGUGGAGGUGGGGGGGCUAUAUGUGCUCAGAGGAGUGGAGUUCUAUAAAGAGGUGGUGGUGUCUAUAUGUGCUGGGUGGGUGUUCCAGUCCAGAGGAAGCUUGCUUUGAAAGUGAUUGCUGCUCCCCCACUCCUGUGUUGGGUAUAUAUAGAAGUCAGUGAGACAGCGACGCCCUCAGCACAUGGACCUUCAGACUCCCUAAGGAAUUUACACAAGCAUGUCACUCUGAUUGCGUCCCAAAUGACACCCUAUUCCCUAUAUAGUGCACUACUUUUGACCAGAGCUCUAUGGGCCCUGGUCAAAAGUAGCACACUUUUUAGGGAAUAGGGUGCUGUUUGGGACACAUACCUCUGACUGAGCCCAGGGACCCAAGGGCAGGGUGGCUCAGUCACCAUGCAAACACACACAGACACACACACAAACACACACACACACACCACGCCAGCAGCCCAGGGAUCUGGGUUCAUACUCCUGGCAGAUAGCAGCUGAUGAGACCACAGGGGGGGGAGCAUUCCCCUCCUGUUACCCCAUUUACAGACGCUAUUUCAGGAGCCAAGAAGUCUCUGGGAACAAAUAGGACAGUUACUGACAGCAUUUAGCAAUAUAAGCAUGGGAGAGAGCCAGAGAGGGGGCAGAGUGUUUGCAUGUAUGGAAGAAAGGUCAGGGUGGUCAGAGCUGUGGGUUGGGAGGGAAUGUGUCAGUGGCCUCAUUUAUAAACGUUGCGUACGUAGAAAAUAUACCCCAAAACAUGCGUCAGUUUUCACACAAAAGUUGGCAUUUAUAAAAAACGGAACUUGACAUGAGGAAGUGCUUAACUUCCCGCAAACUUUAGACCAUGCGUACACACAAUAUCUAGUGGUUGAAGUGUUGCAUUGCAAGCAGGCAAGUAGUAUUUUGUGAAAAUGGGUUAUAUGAUGACACCCUUAUGCAUAAAAAAAUGAAAAUAUAGUAACAAGAUGCAAGCAUUUGCCAUUAGUGAAAUUAGCAAAAAUCUAUUUAUUUUAUCUUUGCAAUCUAAAAUAAUUACAGAUAGGAAUAUAUUUCAUAUGAAUUUAUUUCAUUUCCAUUAUCAUUUGCAGAAUAAAUUCCUCACCUUUUCUGACUGUGAUGGUUUCAAAAAAAAUAAAAUAACAAAUUAUAAUACAAUUGUAUUUGUCACAUGCGCCGAAUUCAACAGGUGUGGACUUUACGGUGAAAUGCUUACUUACGAACCCUUCCCAACAGAGUUCAAAAUAAGAAAAAUAUAAAUAAAAACACAAGAGGAAUAAAAUACCAAGCGGUGAUGCAGUCAAGAUACUCUCAAUGGUGCAGCUGUGGAACUUUUUGAGGAUCUGAAGGCCCAUGUCAAAUCUUUUCAGCCUCCUGAGAGGGAAGAGGCGCUGUCGUGCUCUCUUCAAGACUGGGCGGGUGUUUGUGGACCAUGUUAAGUCCUUAGUGAUGUCCGAAUGGACAAGUAAAAACUAAUCACACAAAAAUCACAAUAUCCAAGAAUUACUCAAAUCAGAUUUGGAUCAGAGAGGCCAACAUUGGAAUAAUAUUCAAAUCUAUUUUUCAUGUACAUAAAUAAAAAAGCCUAUGUGCAUAUUGGCUACAUGUCCAAACCGAUGCUGACAUGUGGGAGGCGCUAGAAAAUGUAGCCAAACUUUAAUGAGACUUUUAAUACAUAAAUAUAAGCUAAACACCAGUCAUGUUUCACAAAUAUAAUGAAGGAUCAUUAACAUUAACGUCUAAAGGCUUGAUUCUGUCGACAUGCUCAAGGCACGGUUCGUUCAUCUCAAAUGAAUACAUACAUCUGGCCCUUCAUUGGACACUGUGUUAACAAACCUCCAAACGAGCUUCAAUGCCAUACUACACUCCUUCAGUAGCCUCCAACUGCUCUUAAACACUAGUAAAACUAAAUGCAUGCUCUUCAACCGAACGCUGCUUGCACCCGCCCACCCGACUAGAAUCACUACUCUCGACGGGUCUGACCUAGAGUAUGUGGACAAUUACAAAUAUCUAGGUGUCUGGUUAGACUGUAAACUCUCUUUCCAGACUCACAUUAAGAAUCUCCAGUCCAAAGUUAAAUCUAGAAUCGGUUUCCUAUUUCGCAACAAAGCCUCCUUCACUCAUGCUGCCAAACAUGCCCUCGUAAAACUGACUAUCCUACCGAUCCUUGACUUCGGCGAUGUCAUUUACAAAAUAGCCUCCAACACUCUACUCAGCAAAUUGGAUGUAGUCUAUCACAGUGCCAUCCGUUUUGUCUCCAAAGCCCCAUAUACUACCCACCACUGUGACCUGUACGCUCUUGUUGGCUGGUCCUCACUACAUAUUCGUCGCCAAACCCACUGGCUCCAGGCCAUCUAUAAAUCACUGCUAGGCAAAUCUCUGCUUUAUCUUAGCUCAUUGGUCACCAUAGCAACACCCACCCGUAGUAUGCGCUCCAGCAGGUAUAUCUCACUGGUCAUCCCCAAAGCCAACACCUCCUUUGGCCGCCAUUCCUUCCAGUUCUCUGCUGCCAAUGACUGGAACAAAUUGCAAAAAUCUCUGAAGCUGGAGACACUUAUCUCCCUCACUAACUUUAAGCAUCAGUUGUCAGAGCACCUUACCGAUCACUGCACCUGUACACAGCCCAUCUGAAAUUAGCCCGCCCAACUACCUCAUCCCUAUAUUGUUAUUUAUUUUGCUAAUUUGUACCCCAGUAUCUCUAUUUGCACAUCAUCUCUUGCACAUCUAUCAUUCCAGUGUUAAUACUAAUUGUAAUUAUUUUGCACUAUAGCCUAUUUAUUGCCUUACCUCCAUAACUUGCUACAUUUGCACACACUGUAUAUAUAUUUAUUUCUGUUGUAUUUUUGACUUUGUUUUGUUUUACCCCAUAUGUAACUCUGUGUUGUUGUUUUAAUCGCACUGCUUUGCUUUAUCUUGGCCAGGUCGCAGUUGUAAAUGAGAACUUGUUCUCAACUGGCUUACCUGGUUAAAUAAAGGUGAAAAAAAAAAAAAAAAAAAAAAAAAAUGGUCACAAGACCGGAGAGUGAAGGACAGUGCCUGUUGCACACCACACAUCACCCACCUUGAAUCUGAGUGGUCAGCAUUUUGAUACUAUUUAAACAUGAAACGUAAUUGUUUCAAACCUGGACAUUUUAUGUAAUUUUAUGAAGCAUGUCUUACUUUGUAUCAAAGUAGCCUAGCUUAGCCAAAAUAUGACCAUAGAAAUGUUGAGGGAUCAUUUCUAACAGAUAUUUUCAUCUAUGAGAAUGGUGUUUUCCUGCUAAUUGCAUUUUGGAACAUUCACGCAUAGCCUACAGCCAUGUGCGUAUUAUUGAGCUUAUGAUAUAAAGAAAUACAACUUUAUCAACAUUUUAAGCCUAAUGAUCAGCCUCAUUGCUUAAAAAAAUUAAAAUGUGCAGUGGUUGUAUGAAUUUUGGAUCUGCCGUCCCAGAUCUGUCCCAGAGUCUGUUUUGUACUGUAUACAUAUUUUCUAUCUUCCCAGGGAGAUGGGACACCCUUAAUUUCGAGCCCUGGAGGGAAUUAUUUGGUAUGAAUUGUUAUGUUGCAAUAUUUUAUAGGCUACUAAGGAUGGCCAACCAUCCUCCAUGAGAGCCUUAAAAGGGGAGUGUUGUAUUUUGAGAUAUGCAAAGAACCCAAUAGGCAGAGUGUAACCACAGCUUUGUCUGAUUCUAUAUGAUAAGAAAAGUUAGUAAUACAUUUUAGUGGCAUCCUUGCAUCCUACAAUGUUGUAAAAAUUGGUUACAGACUUCAAGAAAUCUGUAAAAGAUCAGUCCUACUUAAUAAUUCCAGGAUCCAGUUGCAGAGGGAGGUGUUCAGUCCCAGGGUCCUUAGCUUAGUGAUGAGCUUUGUGGGCACUAUGGUGUUGAACGCUGAGCUGUAGUCAAUGAACAGCAUUCUCACAUAGGUGUUCCUUUUGUCCAGGUGGGAAAGGGCAGUGUGAAGUGCAAUUGAGAUUGCGUCAUCUGUGGAUCUGUUGGGGCAACAACACAUCUGCCACGCUGAUCCUCAACACGGUAGCCCCUUAAGUUUAUUUAGUAAAUGUUUUCUUGAAUAUUUUUUCUUAAAACUGCAUUGUUGGUUAAGGGCUUGUAAAUAAGCAUUUCACAGUAAGGUCUACACCUGUUGUAUUCGGUGCAUGUGACAAAUACAAUUUCAUUUGAUACAACAAGGAUACUAUUCGUCCCAUCUCUCAUUUAAAUGGAACUACUUCACAGUAGUAAAUAGAUAAGCUAUUUCAAGUAUUUUGCUCUAUGCGAUCCAGAGCACCAUUAAAAAAAUAGGCUACAGUAGAACUUAAAUGGAUACUUCGGGAUUUUGGCAAUGAGUCAGAUGAACUCGUGGAUACCAUUUUUAUGUCUCUGCGUGCAGUGUGAAGGAAGUUGCUAACUAGCACUAGUGCAAUUGCUAACUAGCGUUAGCGCAAUGACUGGAAGUCUAUGGGUUUCUGCUAGCAUGCUAGCAGAUACCCAUCUGCUAUGGUGCUGAUGGUCUGUCCAUCUGUGUUUCUGUGUGUCUGUGUGUGCAUGCACAUGCAUGCAUGUUUAUGUAAUCGCGAGAUGAUCAGAUAUCACAAUUCGUUACACAAGAUUACACUUAUCCUCACAAUGUUAUUUUAUGAGUAAGACAGAUAAAGGGACACGCAGGGAGAAGGAUAAGAUAAUAAAGAUAAAAGGAUCAGAGCGAGCGAGAGAGAGAGCUUUUCUGUUGUCCUCUCUCCUGUCCUGUCAGUGAGGUAAUGUGGGUCAUGGUGUAUCUGUGGUCUAAUUCCCAGACAGAGUAGGGGCAGAGCAGCCCAUGGAAAUGGAAUUGCUAGAAUGGAAAAAGACCCUCAGACCACAGCAAUUUGACUGUACAGUCACAGCGCUGACUGAAAUUGGCAUAUUGGCGCACGUUUUUAAGGACACACCUAAAAUAUUUCCACCUCUCCCAACUCAGCAGGCUGAUGUUAGACAGGUCGUUUGCCAAAAAAUGCCAGUGCGGCAGUUUUUGCAAACUUUGACACUUGCACCUCCUUAAGGACAGCCGAAAAUAGAGCCCACAGUCUGAAAAACAGGUCUGCUCACUCAACAGUUUUAACUAACUCAAAGAUAUCCUGUUUCCGGCAGAGCCAUAGAUAGAGAUUGGUUUCCGUUGAAGAUUGAGGUCAUUAUCAGAGGCCCAUACCUUUGUACUGUAUCUGUUCCUGGUUUACCCCCACCUGCCCUGGCUGUUUGACUGUUGUUGCGUUUGGAACUCCUUCUGUUUGUAGUUUAGGCUACUCACCAUCAGGGGGCAACAAAGUACCAUAUCCUUGAACCUACAAAAGUGGAGGACUUUUUACAGUAGGAUUAACUGGUGCUAGGCAAGUUAUUAAUUGAACCUGUUACUAGAUAUAGUGAUGUCAGUUCAGCCUGUUCUCUUUGUGUCAUGCUGUGGUGCUGUGGUAGACUGACUGCCAACAUCUCCCUUUGUAAUUUCAUCAUAUUCACUUUGGGAUUAACAGUGUUAAGACUUGAAUUAAUGACACAAAGAACAAACUGGCAGUUACCUUUCUCACUGUUCCACUGAACUAAAUGUGGGAGCCUUGUUGCUGUUGUUAAACUCUGAAUCCACUCUUAUAGGAGUAGGAAUCUGGAGUUAUGGGCUGUAAGGAAUUUUACUUUAUGAUCCCAUGUAAAGCAAUCAAAAUAUGUGAUAUCCUGCCAAUAAGGUUGAGUGUUCACGCUAAACCAUAAGGAAUGUCUGAAUGUGUGUAGAUACUUAGAUACUCAGAAAGUAGAUGAGGUAUAUUAUCGCUGGGCCUUCACAAGCUUUUCUCUCUUCUCUCUCUUGUGCAUAUUUCCUCCCUGGUGGUUUCACAAACAUGUUACAUGGGUCAGUAGUGGGUGGGUGGCAUGAGACAUUUGUUAUUCUGUCUCAGUCACAGUGUUGUUUACACACACACACACACACACACACACACACACACACACACACACAAACAAACACAGACGCACACACACAAACACACACACACACCGUUAAGUACCCUGUUAUGACCCCCUGCUGAGGCUCAUGUUGUGGACUUAACCUUAAGUAGACAAAGCUUUGUAUAUGGCUCUAAAUGCAGAUUCUGACACCUCUUUUCAUGAGAGUGAGCGUUUCCAAUAUGCCUGUAUUGAUUUGAGAUACCUCUUCUGUCUGGGCAACUGAGGUCAUGAGUUCAUAUGAUUUAACUCUUUGCCAAGAGUUUUGACUAAAUAAUGUUCUGUAACACUGCCAUAAUGUCUACAAAUGCACCUAUACCGAGUUGUACCUUGUAGGUGCAGUAUGAUUCAAUUUGUUAUAUGAGAGUGACAAAACAUAGCAGGACGUGUCUGUGAAUACAUUGCAUGACUCCCUCUGCCUGUUUGCAGGUCAUGGUGAGCUGUGGUAUCUCAGUCAUCUCAUGCCACUAUUUUCAUUUAGCCUAGCUUCUCUGGCCUGAAUGGUGUGGAGUAAUGGGUGGCAUGACCUGCUAAUGGUACUGCCAACCUGGCUGCUCAACAGGCAGACUAGAGGCCAUACAGUAUAUGGUAGAAAUGAAGUAGGACCUGCAUACACGAUUGCUUCACCACAUACCUUUAAUCAGGCUAGUAAAUACACAACAUUUCAAUCCAAUUUUUCUUCAGCGAGCUCAGCACCCCUAACAAGUGAUGUGUGUUUGACUAUACAUACUAUAUGUACUGUGUGUGGUACACAGGGGAGUGGGGCAGAGUGGCUUGUGGAGAUACAUGUGAGGGGAAAUGCCUGCAGCAGAUGGUGAGGUCAGAGGUGAAAGGUCACUGAAGUCACUGAUGGGGUCACAAAAUGGGAAGCAGCAGGGGGUACUAAGGGAAUGAUUUCAGCAUUGUCUGUUCUGGUCUGUGUGUGUGUGUGUGUGUGUGUGUGUGUGUGUGUGUGUGUGUGAGCUGUGUUUUUGUUUGUGUUAAUGUGUCUAUAUUGAGUAUGUGUUAAGUUUGAGUAUGUGCGUAUGUGUAUAUUUCUACUGGAAGUAAGUGUAUUGGUUUACACCUUUAUUUGGUUGGUGUAUAUGUGAGUUAAUAUUAGUUAGGGUUAGCUUAGGGGCUCUCAACAUAUCUGCUUCCAAAGAGGUGGUCAAGCGGCUAGAAAUUGUGCUCUAUGGAAGUCUAAAAUAUACAGUUGAAGUCGGAAGUUUACAUACACUUAGGUUGGAGUCAUUAAAACUCGUUUUUCAACCACUCCACAAAUUUCUUGUUAACAAACUAUAGUUUUGGCAAGUUGGUUAGGACAUCUACUUUGUGCAUGACACAAGUCAUUUUUCCAACAAUUGUUUACAGACAGAUUAUUUCACUUAUAAUUCACUGUAUCACAAUUCCAGUGGGUCAAAAGUUUACAUACACUAAGUUGACUUUGCCUUUAAACAGCUUGGAAAAUUCCAGAAAAUGAUGUCAUGGCUUUAGAAGCUUCUGAUAGGCUAAUUGACAUAAUUUGAGUCAAUUGGAGGUGUACCUGUGGAUGUAUUUCAAGGCCUACCUUCAAAAUCAGUGCCUCUUUGCUCGACAUCAUGGGAAAAUUAAAAGAAAUCAGCCAAGACCUCAGAAAAACAAUUGUAGACCUCCACAAGUCUGGUUCAUCCUUGGGAGCAAUUUCCAAACGCCUGAAGGUACCACGUUCAUCUGUACAAACAAUAGUACGCAAGUAUAAACACCAUGGGACCACGCAGCCGUCAUACCGCUCAGGAAGGAGACGCGUUCUGUCUCCUAGAGAUUAACGUACUUUGGUGCGAAAAGUGCAAAUCAAUCCCAGAACAACAGCAAAGGACCUUGUGAAGAUGCUGGCGGAAACAGGUACAAAAGUAUCUAUAUCCACAGUAAAACGAGUCCUAUACCGACAUAACCUGAAAGGCCGCUCAGCAAGGAAGAAGCCACUGCUCCAAAACCGCCAUAAAAAAGCCAGACUACGGUUUGCAACUGCACAUGGGGACAAAGAUUGUACUUUCUGGAGAAAUGUCCUCUGGUCUGAUGAAACAAAAAUAGGACUGUUUGGCCAUAAUGACCAUCGUUAUGUUUGGAGGCAAAAGGGGAAGGCUUGCAAGCUGAAGAACACCAUCCCAACCGUGAAGCACGGGGGUGGCAGCAUCAUGCUGUGGGGGUGCUUUGCUGCAGGAGGGACUGGUGCACUUCACAAAAUAGAUGACAUCAUGAGGAAGGAAAAUUAUGUGGAUAUAUUGAAGCAACAUCUCAAGACAUCAGUCAGGAAGUUAAAGCUUGGUCGCAAAUGGGUCUUCCAAAUGGACAAUGACCCCAAGCAUACUUCCAUAGUUGUGGCAAAAUGGCUUAAGGACAACAAAGUCAAGGUAUUGGAGUGGCCAUCACAAAGCCCUGACCUCAAUCCUAUAGAAAAUGUGUGGGCAGAACUGAAAAAGCGUGUGCGAGCAAGGAGGCCUACAAACCUGACUCAGUUACACCAGCUCUGUCAGGAGGAAUGGGCCAAAAUUCACCCAAUUUAUUGUGGGAAGCUUGUGGAAUGCUACCCGAAAUGUUUGACCCAAGUUAAACAAUUUAAAGGCAAUGCUACCAAAUACUAAUUGAGUGUAUGUAAACUUCUGACCCACUGGGAAUGUGAUGAAAGAAAUAAAAGGUGAAAUAAAUAAUUCUCUCUACUAUUAUUCUGACAUUUCACAUUCUUAAAAUGAAGUGGUGAUCCUAACUGACCUAAAACAGGGAGUUUUUAGUAGGAUUAAAUGUCAGGAAUUGUGAAAAACAGAGUUUAAAUGUAUUUGGCUAAGGUGUAUGUAAACUUCCGACUUCAACUGUAUGUGUAGUAGAAGAAGAAAGCCUGGGUGGGGCCAGAGAGAAAGGUUAACACUCUCCCUCCUCUUUAUCAAAAUACAGACCUAGCCUAUACAGUGUGAGUCUGGUAUGAUGGCUAGAGGACCCCCUGAAAGGGACAGUUAUGCUCAUGCCAGCUCCGUCACUUCUGGCGUCUGGUUACAGUCAGCCAAUAGGAACAGCCGAUGGCUCAGAGACAGCUGCCUGGCCCGGACAAUGUCACACAAGGACAACGCAGAGCAUUUUAGAGGCAAUAUGAGCUGUGUCAUUGUGUGGUGUGCAGGCUUUCUUACCCCUUUGCUCGGUGUGUGUGUGUGUGUUUGUGUGUGUUUGUGUGUGUGUGUGUGUGUGUGUGCACGCACGUGUGUGCAUGUGUAUGUGUGUGUAGGAGCGACAGAGGUUGGAGACCAUCCUUAGCCUGUGUGCGGAGUACACCAACUCUCCCCAAUGUCUGGGUGGUGAGACAGGGAGUACAAUAGGGCACUUCCCUGGACCAGUGGAGGGGGGCGCUAGAGAGAAACCCUGUACAGAGACAGGUGGUGGGGCGACCCAGCGAGGAGGAGUGGCUCAGAAGCAGAGAGAGAGUGAUGAGGAGAACCAGAGAGAGGAGUCCAGCAGCACAGAGAGCACUCACCAGGAGGUGAGAAAAAACACACGCACAAACACACACACGCACGUGCGCAUACGACGCAGGCACUCACACACACAAGCAUUCUCGGACGGUGCAAUUGCCGUACCAUGCGGUAAUACAGCCCGAUGGUGCAUCUGUAGAAGUUUGUGAGGGUCUUAGGGGCCAAGUAGAAUUUAUUCAGCCUCCUGAGGUUGAAGAGGCGCUGUUGCGCCUUCUUCACCACAUUGUCGGUGUAAAGGGACCAUUUCAGGUCCUCAGUGAUGUGCACGGCAAUGGACUUGAAGCUUUUGACCCUCUCUACUACGGCCCUGUUGAUGUGGAUCCCUUCACACCGAUUUGCUCUCUCUACUGUGUCCUGUAGUCCACUGUUGUGUCAUCAGAAAACUUGAUGAUUGAGUUGAAGAUGUGCGUGGCCACAGUCAUGGGUGAACAGGGAGUACAGGAGGGGGCUGAGCACACACCUCUGUGGGGCCCCCCUGUUGAGGAUCAGCAUGGCAGAGGUGUUGUUGCCUACCUUCACCACUUGGGGUUGCCCGGUCAGGAAGUCUAGGACCCAGUUGCACAGGGAGGGGUUCAGACCCAGGGCCCUGAGCUUAGUGAUGAGCUUGGAGGGCACUAUGGUGUUGAAGGCUGAGCUGUAGUCGAUGAACAGUAUUCUUACAUAGGUAUCCCUCUUCCAGGUGGGAUAUUGCAGUGUGCAGUUGAUCUAUUGGGGCGGUAUGGAAAUUGUAGUGUGUCUAGGGGUGUCGGGUAAGGUGGAGGUGAUAUGAUCCUUAACUCUCAAAGCACUUCAUGAUGACAGAAGUGACUGCCACGGGGCGAUAGUCAUUUAGUUCAGUUAACUUCACUUUCUUGGGGACAGGAAUAAUGGUGGACAUUUUGAAGUAAGUGGGGACAGCAGACUGGGAUAGGGAGAGAUUUAAUAUGUCCGUAAACAAUCCAGCCAGCUGGUCGGCACAUGCUCUAAGGGCGCGGCUUGGGAUGCCGUCUUGCAAGGGGUUAAUACACUUAAAUGUCUUACUCACGUCGGCCACAGAGAUCGGGAGCACACAGUCCUCGUGAGUGGUAUGGGCCCACGUCGGUGGCUCGGUGUUCUCUGAAUGUACUCACAUUGGUGCAUGUAUGCUUUAUCCAGCAGGAGGACUCAGGGUCAGGGUUAGGUGUGGGUGUGUCAGGGUUAGGAUCAGGUGUAUCUGGGCGUCAGGAGCAGCAGUAUCUGGAGGAGGAGAGGACCAGGGUUCUGUCCAGGGUGGAUGAGCUGAAACACAGAGUCACAGAGCUGGAGCAGCAGCUACAGGAGUCCAGACAGGAGGUAGGUUAACAAACAGCAACCCUUAAGCACUGCACUACUCUCCAGUUAUGAGUACACCGUUAAAAUGAAGUGCUUUGUAACACUUAAACUAGUGGCGACUGUGCUGCCACCAACUUAAAGGAGACUAAAUCUUUACUUUGCGGCAGGUAGCCUUGAGGUUAGAGCGUUGUGGGCCAGUAACCAAAAGGUUGAUGAUUCGAAUUCUGGAGCAGACAAAAAAUAAAUACAAAUAAUGUUGCUGUGCCCUUGAGGAAGACACUUAACCUUAAUUGCUCCAGGGGCGCUAUACAAUCGCGACCCUGGCCGUGACCCCUCUACCUGCGGGUGUCUCAGGGGGAGUUGCGAUUUGCAAAAAAACACAUUUCCAUUACACACUUCUGUGUGUAACAGGACAAAUAUAAGCACCCCCCAAAUUAUAUUAUUAUAGGAUAAACAGUAACUUCUACCUGAUACAGCCAGCUGAGGAUGGACUUUAGAAUCUGGUUCCUCUCCAGGUUUCUUGCCACUGUGCUUCUACUUGCUCUUUUUCUGAGUCUAGUCCGGGUUACUGUAAACUAAGCACUGUUGUCCUGUUUGCCUGUCUGUCCUUCCCAGGCGGAGAUGGAGAGGGCUCUUCUGCAGGGGGAGAGGCAAGCUGAGCAGGAGCAGGUCGAGACAGAGACAGAGAUAAUCUCUCAGCUCCAGUCUAAACUCAGCCAGCUGGACAGGGCCACCCAGAGGGAGAAAGACAAGGUAGGACCAUCUAGUAACAGACCACACACAUACAACUGCUUGUUCACUCACAAGCACUCAUCUAGCUACACACCUCCACGUGCACAGAGGUGUGCAUGGAGCUUGUAAAAGUAGUUGGACAUCAAAGCUCUGCAUCAAUGAUCAACCUUCAUUUAUAUGGCCAAGCGUGUUGAGUACUGAUGCUCAGAUAGGUACACACUUUUCAGCUUAUUUUUUUUCCUGUUGACUCAAAAAGAUGCUUGAAGCCUUGCAACCUUAACCCCCAGCACCCUAACCCCCUCACUCACCUACUACCUUUGACCUCUCUUUAAAGCUGCUUGGCUGCAUGGCGUGGUUUUGAGCCGUGUAUUUUUUUUCUUCUCCCUGGGACGGUGUGUGUGUGGUGUGUGUUCUAGGGGAGGGCUAAUGUGUCUGCUGAGCGGCAGCUGCUGGAGAGACUUCAUGAGGGGUACAGUGAGCUGAAGAGCCAGGUUCAUAACUGUCCUGAAUCUCUGAGGGAACAGUUACAGGAGCAGCUACGGAGGGUCAGUGCUCUUCACACACCCUAGUCCACUAGAACUAGAACUAGAACUAGAACAAUAGAACUAGAACUAGAACUAGAACUAGAACACUAGAACUAGAAAACUAGAACUAGAAUGCUAGGACUAGAACACUAGAACUAGAACAAUAGAACAAGAACACUAAAACUAGAACACUAGAACUAGAACACUAGAACUAGAACACUAGAACUAGAACAAUAUAACUAGAACACUAGAACUAGAACACUAGAACUAGAACAAUAGAACUAGAACACUAGAACUAGAACACUAGGACUAGAACACUAGAACUAGAACUAGAACACUAGAACUAGAACACUAGAACUAGAACACUAGAACUAGAACACUAGGACUAGAACUCUAGGGGCUCUAUUUUCGGUUGUGUCAAAUGCACGUUAGUUUGCAAUUUUGGCAUGUAAAAAUUGGCGCACUGGCAUUUUCCAGCCCUAAUGCCAGGUUCGGCAAUUUAUCUGUCUAACAUCAGCUCACUUGCACUGAGGUGGGAUCGGUGGCAAUAUUUGAGGUGUGUCCAAGCACAACAGUGUCAAUUUCAUGCAGUGCUAAUGGUACGUUUUAAGACCCACAAAAAGCAGGUCUUAACGGUAAAGCAGUUGAUAAUGGCAUGGAUUUUGAGAGCAGAAGCGCAGCCUGUACAGCCAUGACGCACAGUGCCCAUGGAAGGAGAGAUGUACCUUUUGUGGCGGUGAAUCUCGUAUUUAGAAACAUAAAAAAAUGGUUUCCCACCAUUUCGUUUAAUUUGAUUAAAAACCAAGCACAGCCUACCCUUAAUCAAGGCUGGUUUAACAGCAUCACAUAGAUGCCUCUUUUUAUCCUUGCCAUUAGCCAAAAGUAGCUCAUGAAUAAAGGGUUUUGAAAUGGUUCACAAUUCACAUACCUGCAUUUUGCUUGUUCAAGUAGGCUAUCCAUCCCCAUUUAGGGUGGCAGGUAGCCUAGCGGAUAGCGCGUUGGGCCAGUAACUGUAAAAUCACUAGUUCGAAUCCCAAAGCGUUUUAAUUCACAUAAUUUUAACAUUCUGUCAUAAAGAGCAUGUGUUCAACUUAAUAAAAAACAUGUUUUUGCAUCGACCCACUCAGUUUUCCACCACAAAACACCAGAAAAUGGCCAAAAAGAGUAGAACCAGAACCACUAUGAUUUUACUAUUAGAUGUUCAAAGCUACAAAAUAAGUAGGGCUUUACAAUGAUGAUGAAAACGAAACAUUUUGAGGUUAAGUGUGUUAACAAUUUCCUAGACGUCACAGAGGGUGCACAGAGGGACAUGCCAAAAUGCUGAAUCUUGGCACAAGUUUAUAGAAUUUUACAUGUGGUUAUAUUAAAGGGCACUUUAAUUUUACCACAUUUAAUAUAACAGGCUUUUAAAUUCAAUAUUGGGGCUCAAUUUCUACUUAAAAUAUCAAAGGGACGCAAAAAGGACCCAGGUACUGCUUAAGUGUAUUGCUUAGAAAAGAGCAAACAUGUCAAAGCUGUGAAUGAAAUAACAUUUGGACACUGGAGUUCAUUCAGGACUAUGGAAGUCUUAUCGCUUUGCAUGUGCUUGUUGUAUUUUUUUUAUGUCUUUUUUAAAAGUAGGCUAGAAGUAUACUGUGCCCUUUCUGCUGUGUAUGUUGCAAUAUCAUAUAAAAAUGUGCUUUACUAAUUAAAUAACUAGCUAACAUGUUUUCAUGUUGUUAUUACUUCUGUUUGUCAGUGAAUAAGACCUCCCCAUUUUGAAUUGGUGUGACCUGUCUGUGUGUCUGUCUUGCACUUGUCUGUAUGUCUGUUUGUGUCUAUGUGUCUAUGGCAAGAUGCAGAUGGCGCCGACAGACAUGGAAGCUCUGCUUCUAGCUCCUAAGCAACUUUGCAGUAUUUUUUUUUUUUGUGUGUAUUAUUUCUUAUUGUUAGAUACUACUGCACUGUUGGAGUUAGGAACACAAGCAUUCCGCUACACCCACAAUAACAUCUGCUAAAUAUGUGUAUGUGACCAAUAAAAUAUGAUUUGAUUUGAUCUGUCUGUGUGUCUGUCCAUCUGUCUGUGUGUCUGUCUGUAGGAGGCAGAGGCGCUUGAGGUGGGGACCAAGCAGUUUGAGGACCUGGAGUUCCGUCAGCUGGAGAGAGAGAGCGGUCUGGAGGAAGAGAAGGAGACGCUCAGCAGACAGCUGCUCCUGGAAAGGGCCGAGUACCACCGCAGCGUGGCCAAGAGGAAGGUAGGACAAGACACACUGCUACACAGUAAUCUACACCAUAUUGGUAAUUAUAAACCCUUUCACACUACUGAGCCGAGCCGAACCAAGCUGAACUGUAGUACGCUGGUCUGGUUAGUGGUUAAGCAUCCACCACAGUUGCUAAUACCGUGCUGAUAAAAUAUCAGAACUAGUUCAGUACGGUUCAGAUUGGCCCAAUCGUGUGAGCGGGAUAAUAGUCAUACUAUCAUGGAAAGUAUGGAAUUGAAAAAACAUCGGAGCUUGCAUUGUAAGAUGGGAUGUAAAGCGAAGUGCCCCUUGAUCUUUAGGAGAAGAUGGCUGCUCUGGAGGUGCAGGCCAACCAGUUAGGGGUGCAGGCAGCUCAGGACUGUGAGAGGAUGGCUAAAGAUAGGACCCUGGCCCUACAGCUGCUUCAUAAGGAGAAGGACAGGCUGUCUACUCUGGAGAAGAGAUAUCACACUCUGACAGGAGGACGGAGCUUCCCCAAGCCCUGCAGCACCAUGAAGGAGGUGAGAAGAAGGAACACAAUCAAUUGAAUUCAUCUUGAUUUAUCCAGGAUAGUCUUUAAAUAAUACAUGAUUUGUUUCUUAGGCUUAAAAAUGUGGAUACUUUUUUGUUUGUUUUUGUUUUUAGAAUCAUUUGAAAGGGGGAGGUGCCUUACAAGCCUCUCUGUUUUGUUUUUUUACCUCUCCGGCACAUGCUCUUUUCAUUUGCCGUUUAAACUCUCAUUAUAUUGUUUUGCAUUUUCUUGUGUGCGAAUAAAUAAAUAGUCCACUCAGCAGCAACUGUCACUGUUUCCUAGAGAGUCCUGGGAUCUAUAAAAGCAACUUACAAGCCUGACAACUAACAAGUGAGGCCGCAGUACCUCAGAGAUGCUGAGGACUCUUGUUAGUGUAAAUUGCUGACACAUCACUGAGCUGGCCUCUCUUACUGAAAGGAGAUCAGCUAUGUUUGUCAAGCUGGACUCUCUAGUCUAAAUGAUAUAGGUGAAAGCUAUUGUACUGCUGGGUUGCUGUGAUGAAUAGAGGAGACUCGUUAGGGUUAGGAUUUGUUGCUUACAGUGUAGGGUAACAGGUUUAACCAUAGACCUUUGAGUACACAUUUGACUGAAAACUUUUACUGAAACAGGAAGUACCAGUGCUGCAUAUCAGCGAACCUGACCUGGUACAGGUAGAGGGGGAGGUUGUCCCUCCUCCACAUCCUCCCUACCCUCCUCCUGCCUCCUUCUCUUCCUCCUCCUCGUACACCCCCUCCCCUGACCUCUGUCCCACCAGGCCACAGGAGGUAAACACACUGAUGCAUGUGGACUGACUACACUACCCAUAAUGCAGCCUGACUACACUACCCACAAUCCCCCUUCCUUGGGGACGUAUCCUAACCUGGCUUGCUCUGCAUUGAGUGUGUUGUGUCCACUAAGAGAAAUGGACAUGAGUGGUUUUUCAGAAGCUUGAAAAAUAAUCCCUUAUUUGUUUUAGUCUGUCGGUGUGUCUUAUGACAAGGUGGCCUGUGCCUGAAUGUUUCUGCAUCUACAUUUGUAUCGUUUGUGUUGGGGUUGUCUCAAUUUGUGACGUCGGGAUCCAGUGUGUUUGGACCAAGUAUCUGUCUGUUUUCUGUGGCUUGGUUGGCUUACCUUUACCCUUUGUGAUGAGUACCAGUAAUGUAGUUUGAGGUGACUUAUUUUUUGUGUGAUAAUGAUCAUACACAAAAUUAAUUUUAGGAACUUAGUGCAUGUGUGUGGGAAUCUGUGUAUGGGAAUCUGUGUGUGGGUGUGUGUGUGUGUGUGUAGGGGUGUGUAUGUACAAAAAAUAAAAAAAAUGUAUGGACUCCCUACUGUAAGUCGCUCUGGAUAAGAGCGUCUGCUAAAUAACUCAAAUGUAAAAUGUGUGGGAGAGUAGGGGUAUUUUGUCUUUGAAUAUACAAUCUAUCCCUUAUUUCAACUUGUGUGUGCUUGUGUUGUGGGUGUUGGUGUUGAUGCAGGAGUACCUCAGGCUCGCUGAUGUCUAUAAGAUGUAUGGGAGCUGUGGUCCUCUCCCAACCUACUCUACCUCCCCUGCUCCUCACUGCCUCUCUCUCACUGUUGCUCCAGCAGCUCUGCCCCGCGAGGUAGAAUAUACCACCUGCUUUCUAUUAUUCCCUCUGUUUCUGUUUUCUGUUUCAAAAGUUACUUUCUUUUAUGAAUCUUUUAUUAAAUGGCUUUCUUGGAGAUAUACCCUUGGUUAAAAUUCUUACCUCUCUCUGCUCUCUCCCAAUAUCUACAACAUUUGCCUUAAUUGUGUGUGUGUGUGUGUGUGUGUGUGUGUGUGUGAGUGUUUGUGUGUGUGUGUGUGUUUGUGUGUGUGCGCAUCCCUGCGCGCGCGUGUUGGUUAUCUUUGUAAAGGAAUACGUCACAGUUAGUCAGUUAAGCCAGAUGUUGGGGAUGCAGAAACGUGGCCCCUCCCCCGCACCUUCUAUCCAGUCAUUCCAGCUUGCGCUCGCUGACCCUGCCUUCUCCUGCCACUCAACUCCAUGUGACCCCUCCCCCACUAUCUCAGUCGAGGUGUGUGCCUCCCUCCUGGCUUUAAACCCCUAAAACGUUUAUACGGUUUACGGAGAUAUGGAAUAAAAUGUAUUGUGGAUAAAGUUCUCUUGGGCUUUGGUAUAGACAAACUGCACUUUCUCCUUUCUCCUAAAGGCUGUUUAGAAUUUAGUUCAGUCAUUUUUGGUUAAUGGACCAACCUUUGUGAGCAUAGAAUGUUCUGAAAUCACUUUAUUAAUUAUGAAUAACUUUAUGACUAUGUUAUGAAUGGUUCCUUUUACUGUCUGGGUAAAAGAAAGUCUUCGACAUCAGCUUUAUAUUACUCAUAUCAAGGAAUUUCCAUUCUAUUACUUCUUGUUUUUCCUGCCUCCUACCUCUUUUAUGCUUCUCAUCCGGUCUCUGUUGCUCUCCUGCUCUGCUCUCUGCCUGGACUCUCUGCACCACCAACCCCCUCAGAGCCAGCCUGAGUGGAUUAGACCUCACAACCCAGCCCUUAAAUUAGAGCGCUGGUACCAGGACAUAAUGUCAGCAGGGGAGCCACACCACCAGUCAUGCCCUCCCCCUCUCCCUGCUAAGUCUCACUCCUCACGCAGACCUAGCCAGGUAAACCUCUCGCCUCUCUUUGCUUCAGUCUUCUAUUUGUCCUGUUCUUCAUUUCAUUUCCUGAUAUGAUGUUUGCCAUUUUGAUCAGGGUUGGGUUGCUGACCAGUGGUGGUGAUUGUUUACAUCAGUGUCUUUGAUGCUACCUGGUCAUCUUGGUCUUCUGCUGUGUCAUGGAGACCUGUUCUGGUCACCUGUCUGACUGACUUGUUUGACUUCCUCUGGUCUUGUCUUCAGGUGUACCGGUCAAAACCAGAUGGUGAUGUAGUUCAGACAGCAUCACGCUCUAGUAGUGUCAACGGUACUGCCAGCCCUCCACAGUCCAAUGGGGUUACACUGGGCCGAAGCACACCCACCAAGGUAAGGGACUCUCUAAUAAUCCUCUACCCAUAGAUCAUGGUGGUAGGAACUAUAAUAUUAUACUCUACUCUAUUCUAUUCCCUUCUCUUUUAUUAUAUUAUAUAACAUUCCGUUCCAUAUUAUAUUAUGAUAUUCUCUAUUAUAUUCUACAUGUAUACGUAAUCCCUCUUCAUAACUCCCCCCUCCCUCUGUCCCUUCCCAGGGUCUCCAGCUGGUGUCCAGGGAGCUGUCAGUGUCAGGCCCUCCAGACAUGGUGAUGGACACCAGGAGGCAGCUGUCACUGCAGACCAAAGGUAACAGAGCCCCUCCCCUUCCCCUGUCUGGUUCCACCCACUAGUACACAUCAAUGCUUCUCCCACUUCUACAGUAUGAUUCCCUCAUAGCCAAAAGACCAUGGACGUUACUGUACCUGUGAGACUAGAACCAAAACUAUGAUGUUGUUGGAGAAAAUAUAAACUGUAGGCAACUGCAGGGGGAAACUGGGGAAACAGUUGGGAAAUUGUUUGAUUGAUUAUAUUACUAUUUAUUGAUUGCAUGUAUUCUGCAGGAUUCAUUUGUAAGAGACCUGGGUAUCAAUAUGACUCCCUGUUGAAAUAAAGGUGAAAUAAAAUCAAUGCAAAACCAGAUGCAAUGCCUCAUAUAGUAGAAUACUGCACUUAAAAUGGUGUCAUUCUUGUUCUUACAUUGUGGUUUCACAGAGUCCCUCCCAUCUAGUUCAGAGUCCCUCCCACCUAACUCUGAACCUCUCCCAGUUGUAGACAGGUAGUGGGUAUUUUCUUCCUAUAGAAAAAAUUUAUGGUUCUUUUGCAUUCGAGCCUAUAACACAGAAUUCAGACCAGCUAUGAAUAUGCUGCGAAAAUAUUGCCCUCCAUAAUGUUUGCAUUAAUGAUAUGGCAUCAACAGAGGCAUACAUAGAAGAAUGAUAUACUGUAGAUGUAAAUAUUUCCUUUGCUAAUGGGACCCAUCUCGUGGGCUAAUGGGCAUAAUGGGACCCAUCUCGUGUCAGACCAUCCUUCUGUGAGCUGAAGCUGAAGCUCAGCUGGGUCAUGCAGCAAGACAAUGAUCCAAAACACACAAUCAAGUCUACAUGAAAAUUGCUAAAAAAGCAACAAAUUGGAAGUUUUGGAAUGGCCUAGUCAAAGUCCAGACCUAAUCCCAAUUGAGAUGUUGUGGCAGGACUUGAAACGAGCAGUUCAUGCUUGAAAACCCCCACGUCACUGAGUUAAAGCAGUUCUGCAUGGAAGAGUGGGCCAAAAUUCCUCCACAGCGACGUGAGAGACUGAUCAACAACUACAGGAAGCAUUUGGUUGGAGUCAUUGCAGCUAAAGGUGGCACAACCAGUUAUUGAGUGUAAGGGGGCAAUUACUUUUUCACACAGGGGAAUUGGGUGUUGCAUAACUUUGUUUAUGAAAUAAAUUAAAUAAAUAUGUAAUUGUUGUGUUAUUUGUUCACUUAUGUUCCCUUUAUCUAAUAUUAGGUUUUGGUUGAAGAUCUGAUAACAUUCAGUAUCACAAAUAUGCAAAAGUAGAGAAAAUUAGAAAGGGGGCAAAUACUUUUUCAUAGCACUGUAUAUACAGUUAAAAACAUGGGGAUCCAUAAUAAAUACAAAUACAAAUAUCCUGGCCACUGUCUGGUCUAAACAACAGCCUGCUAUGACAUCUCAGUACCACUAGGUGGCGCGUGCGCUGCAGUCAUUAGAUAACCAUUUCACUGCCCUGUUUUCACCUCCUCCCACAGGCCCUCCUCCCAUGGUCCACCACUCCAUCCUGCACCACCAGACACCCCCCUCAGGGGACCCGCAGUAUGACACCCUCAGCCUGGAGAGCUCUGACAGCGUCGAGACCUCCGUCUCCACCGGCAACAACUCUGCCUGUUCUCCAGAAAGGUGAGAGACGAGACGGGGGGAGACGGGGAUACCACGGCAACUCAGUCUGUUUCCAUGGGAACACUCAAGUCUGCCCUCUCUAUGUCCCUGACGAUGAUGGGUCACUGUGUUCACUUUUGUUCCCCUGACAACAUGUUUUGUUACACGUCUGUUACCUUGACAACACGUUUCACACUAGCCUGUUGCUAUGCCAACCCGCUCAAGCGGUAGGCGAGGAGAACCUCACCUGUUUGAGUUGUUUAUGGGAUUCCCCCAGGGAAGAUACUACAGUAGAAACUGUUUCAUAUAAAACGGAGGCAGAUAUAAUAGCAGCUCCAUAGUGUUGUACAAAAGCUUCUUGAAUGUUAUCUACAGAGGAGUGCUGCUCUGGUAACUGGUACCGUUUUGGAGCUUUGUUGUUUGUAGACGGUUUGGAGUCAUGUUUUUAUUUACUUUUCAUUCCCAGUGCAGUACUGUAGUAAACAUCUAAUUUGAGUACUGUAGUAACCUCCCCCCCCCCCCCCCCCCCCCCCCCCCCUCCCUCCCUGUGUAGUAGUAACAUAACAUCCCUCUCUCUUUGUGUAGUGGCAGUGGGCUUGAGGCCCUGAGGAUCGAGGAGAUGGAGAAGAUGUUGAAGGAGGCUCAGCAUGAGAAAGCCAGGCUGGUGGAGAGCAGAGUGAGUCCAAACAACAUGUCUCACACCAACACCAAUGGAGCAUAUAACCUACAGAUAAUUAUGGCAAAUGGAGAUUCCUUCUACUACAGUGCAACUGAUUUUUUGUUGUCUCUACACCCCCAUUCUCUUCUAUCUGUCUCACUCUCAAUCCAUGAACCCAUAUUUCCCCUGACCAAUCACCUUGCCAUUGUUUACCUGCUGCACUUCCUGUCUCUCUCAUGUCUCUUCCUCCAUCCUUCUCUCCAUCUGCUCUCCCCUCUUUUCCUCCCGCCCGUCCCCAGGAGAGGGAGGUGCAGGCGCGGAGGCAGAUGUUGGAGGAGGAGCGGGGGAGGCGCGAGGAGGCCGAGAGGAGGCUGCAGGACGAGACGGCCCACAGGCAGAGGCUGGUGGAGGAGGAGGUGAAGAUGAGAGAGAAGCACUUCUCUCAGGUUAGUGGAACAACGCAGCAGGAGAGGAGGACUGGAUGGAGGGAGGAUGGAGAAGGAGGGCGGGUGGAGAGAAUGAAAGACAAGAAAUGGGGAGUGAGGGUGGGAAGAUCAGAUGGUGAGUUAAGAGAGAAAACAAAGAGAGAGGGCGGGGAAUGGAGAGUUUGAAGGAAGAAGAGAGAGAGAGAAAGGGAGAGAGAGAGAAGGGAGAGAGUGCGAGAGAGAGGGUUCACAGUAAAGUAUGAUAUAUAUAUAUAUCACGAGUGAUUUUAUCUCAGUUGAUUGGGUUUAAUUGUCUAUAUUUUCUGCAGUGAAUAAUGAAACUAAACAAACAUCCUCUGGGAUGAUAAAGGUGCACCUGGCGUGCCUAGUUAAGUAAUACUUAUAUUAUCAUACAUAUUAAGUCUCCCCACUACACUGCUGCCUCAGCUUGUGUUGUAAAAGGAUGGAACUUUCACUCACAUAGUUAUAGACAUAAAAAUAGAAUUACUAGAAGGGACAUAGCCGAGCCUCAGACCACUGCAAUUGAAAUAGAAUACUCAUGGGCACACUCAACAUGGCCGUCGGUCCACCCAUCACGAACCAUUUAUUUGAACGGGAUGUCCAUUCUAGUCAUUCUAUUUUUAUGGUGAAGCCUCUUUGUGGGGUGUGUGUUAGUGUGUCUGGGGGUGUUGGGAUAAAGGAAACAGACAAAUCUAAGUGUCUCUGUGAUAAUAAAGUAAUCUUCACCUCCCUCUCUGUCCUCUCCCCAGGCCCGCCCCAUGACACGAUACCUACCCAUCAGGAAGGAGGAGUUUGACCUGCGUUCGCACGUGGAGUCGUCGGGUCACAGCGUGGACACCUGUCCCUACGUCAUCCUCACAGAGAAGAUGUGCAAGGGACACCUGGUCAAGAUGGGCGGCAAGAUCAAGUCGUGGAAGAAACGCUGGUUUGUCUUCGACCGCCUCAAGAGGAACUUCUCCUACUAUGCUGGUGAGGAAGGAAGCCAUUCCCUAAUUAGUCAUCCUAACAUCUUUUUCUAUGAACCACGUAGGAAGGAAGCAAUGGCCUAACCGCUCUAUUAGUGGGUUAAUGACAGAAUUCUGUUAUGUAGCCCAGAAGAUAAGAUAUGGCACCCUAUUCCCUAUGGUGUGGUUUGACCACUUCUGCCCUGUUCUCCGAAUCCCCCCCCCCUCCCCUCUCUCUCUCUCUCUCUCUCUCUCUUUCUCUCUUUCUCUCUCGGAUCACUUCCGCCUAGCCUUUUCACCCCCUCACUCCUGACGAUGAUGGUGGUGAUGAAAUAAUCUGCAAUACUUUGUGGUGCUGUGCGUUUCUAAGGGAGGCGAGGAGGCUGGGCUAGCUCCUGGCUGGCUUGGUCGUGACUAACAAAACCAAACUCACAACAUCUUCAAAAACAUUUAUCUCAUUACUAAGCAGAUUUGGCUAAUCAAAAAAGGCAAGAUGGUGAAAGAGAAAAAGUGGGAUGGAUUUCAAAGGAUUUGCUUUUUAAUUGUUGUCGGCUAUUGGUCUGCUUUUUUGUUUUCCGUGCACACUAAAGAGCCUCGCUGGCUACCAUUGUUUAUUUGAAUAAGGAUUAAAUAUAUAUAUAUAUAUAUAUAUAUAUAUAUAUAUAUAUAUAUAUAUAUAUAUGUAUAUAUAUAUAUAUAUAUAUGUAUAUAUAUAUAUAUAUAUAUAUAUAUAUAUAUAUAUAUAUAUAUAUAUAUAUAUAUAUAAAUGUUUCAGAAAUCCUUUUCUUGCCACACAGCAGGGAGAAUGAAUUCUUAACUCCAAAAUCAGUUUGACUCUAUGAAACUCAGUUAUCUUAAGGGCAUUUUUAGACAGUCACGCGUCCAUCCUAAGACUUAUUAAUUAAUAGCAGUUUAUAUAUUGGACUGCACUUGACCAUCAAGUAUGUAGGCAAAUCAAAAACAAAAAAUGUAUAAAUACUUGUUGAAUUCCAAUUCAGUUCAAUACAGUACAAUGAAAAAUAGGGUAGAUUCACAAAGUAGACAGACUCCAAUAUCUUCUUUUCACGAUUUCUUAUGUUUUUUUUUUUUUACUUUCUUGAAGCAGCAAGAAAGCUUGACACAAUUCAAUUCAGUGUUAUUUUGUCAGAGUGAAACAGAAACAGAAAGGCCUGUUAUUGCAUCAGUAUAAGACUAUAAAACACUGUGAUUCUCCUUUCUCUCCUCUCAGACAACUUAAAACACUGUGUUUUCUUUCUGUCUUCCUCUCAGAUAAGCAUGAGACCAAGCUGAAAGGACUCAUCUACUUUCAGGCUAUAGAGGAGGUAUACUACGAUCACCUACGCAGUGCCACUAAGGUACAGAACCCUUCACUCUAUCCGCUACAGCUUAACACUCAGUACAUUGUCAUUACAUUCUUCAGUUCUGAAUUUAUUUUAAAUGUAUUUACUGUGAUCACUUUUUUACUAGUUAAUGUACAGAUUUUGUUUUGUUUUAUUACAAUAUUACUGUUUUGUUUGAAAUUGAUUUUAAAUACUUUAAAAGUAAUUAGCAAGAAUGUAGGAUUUUUGCAAAUAAUGCUCUUACUAGAUGUUAUUUAUUGGAGAUAGAUGUGCAUUUUCAAAUCACGGAACAGUGUGUUUAAGAGCUCUCGGCAAAGACAGAGCUGCAGUAAGUUAUCAUUAACUUAUUUGUCAACUAAAUGUAUAAAUAUUUAAGGACAAGUUACCAUGUAUAUUCUUAGUAAUUUUGUGAUAAUUAACACCCUGUCAAAUAAAGUUGAAUUGAUUGUACAAUGUACUCUUUUCCACAAAGUAUUUUUCACCUUGAUAAUACUUUCUUUUAUUUUCCUUCCCCUCUCCCUCUCCUCCUCUCUCUCUCUCCAGAGCCCCAACCCGUCGCUGACCUUCUGUGUGAAGACUCACGACCGGCUCUACUUUAUGGUGGCCCCAUCUCCAGAGGCCAUGAGGAUCUGGAUGGAUGUCAUAGUAACCGGGGCGGAGGGAUACACACAGUUCAUGACCUGAGGGACCGAGCUCUCCGGGUGACAGACAACAGGGUUGUGUUCAUUAGGGCGCGUAAUGGAAAAACAUUUGAAAACCAUUUGCAACAGAAAACGAAAAUGUUAGUUUAUUUUUGGACAAGUCCGAGUAGUUCCUCUCUGUUUCAGUCCUUUUUCUUCCGUUUGGUGCCUAAUG